AUGCGCUACUCAUACACUCUUCUCGCCUUUGCCGCUACGGCCCUGGCCCUCCCCACUGCAAAGCCCGCCGAUGACGGUUCAUGGGCCCCUGGUAAAUAUGAGGGCGGUGAUACUGGCAAGGAUGACGGCAAGUGGGCUCCUGGCAAGUAUGAGGGCCCUGGCACCGGCUUUGACGAUGGUCAAUACCACCCUGGCAAGGACGGCAAGAAGGCUAAGCGCUACGAUGACGGUAGCUGGCAUGAAGGUAAAUACGAGGGCAAGCCAGGAACCAAGUACGACGAUGGCAAAUGGUACCCCGGAAAAUACCCUGGCGGCAAGGAGAAGCGCAACGACGACGGAUCCUGGCACGAGGGCAAGUAUGAGGGUGGCAAGACUGGCUACGAUGACGGCAAAUGGUACCCUGGAAAGUACCCUGGUGGAAAGGCCAAGCGCAACGAUGAUGGCAGCUGGCAUCCCGGCAAAUACGAGGGAAAGCCAGGAACCAAGUAUGAUGAUGGAAAGUGGUAUCCCGGAAAGUACCCUGGUGGCAAGGAGAAGCGUGAGGAUGAUGGAAGCUGGCACGAGGGCAAAUACGAGGGCGGCGACACUGGCCGUGACGACGGCAAGUGGGAAGCUGGCAAAUAUGAGGGCCCCGGCACUGGCUUCGAUGAUGGCCAGUACCACCCUGACCACAAGGCCAAGCGCAAUGACGAUGGCAGCUGGCACGAGGGAAAGUAUGAGGGCGGCAAGACUGGCUACGAUGAUGGAAAAUGGUACCCUGGAAAGUACCCCGGCAAAGAGUAA